AUGUCUCGUUUGAUUGUAAAGGGACUUCCAAAGUACUACACGGAGCAGAAGCUUCGUGAGCAUUUCUCCAAGCAGGGAAAUGUGACCGAUGUCAAGUUGAUGAAAACAAGAAAUGGAGAAUCAAGAAGAUUUGCCUUUAUUGGUUACAAAUCGUUUGAAGACGCCGAGAAGGCAGCUAGAUAUUUCAACAAGUCGUUCAUAGAUACCUCCAGAAUCGAUGUUGAAGUUGCCAAGACCUUUUCCGAUCCUACCGUUCCAAUUUCAUUUAAAGAGAACAGAAGAUUACAACAGGAUAGACUCAGAGAACAAGAAGAUAGAUUACUUGCCGAAGAAGAAGAAAGAAAGACCAAGAAGCAAAAGGUCAAGGGUAAGUCUGCUCUUGAAGAAGAAAUGGAAAACAACCCUAAAUUGAAGGAAUUUAUGGAAGUCAUGAAGCCUUCUCAUCAAGUAAAGUCAUGGGCUAACGAUGCUGCCGCCGAUGGAUCUGGUGCGCCAUCAGCAAAGGCCCUUGAAGAGUACUUGGCCAAGCAAGAAAAUGGCACUCUCACUAACGAACAAGGUAGAUCUCAAGAUGUGAUACAAGCGCCAGAUAGAGACAGUGAUAACGAGUAUGAAGACUUUGGGAAGGGAGAAGAGGCCGAAGAAGACGAAGAAGAAGAGGUCAUGAUGAGUUUAAGUGAAGUACCAGAAACCAAGCCAAUGGAAACCACUGAAGUAGAUGAAAAUGCCACCGAUCUUGACUGGCUUAAGGCUAGAAGAAGACACAUGAGAGACAGUGAAAUGACUCCUGAAGAAAAGGCAUCUACUGAUGCUACUUCUAAUGGGGCUAGCUCUUCUGCCCCAAUCGAUACCACCAAUUCAGAAUCAAACGUGGACUCUGAAAGUACUUCCAAGCCUAGAGUAGCCCCAACCUUCACUAAGCCAGACCCUACUGCCAACUUUGAAGAAAAGAUUUCUGAAACCGGUCGUCUUUUCAUUAGAAACAUUCUUUACACAUCUACAGAAGAAGAAUUCAGAAACUUGUUCCAAAAAUACGGUCAACUUGAAGAAGUACACAUUGCUAUCGAUACCCGUACUGGGAAAUCCAAGGGGUUUGUGUACGUUCAAUUUCAAAACAGUGCUGAUGCAGUUUCUGCUUACCAUGCCUUGGAUAAGGAAAUUUUCCAAGGUCGUUUAUUACAUAUUUUACCAGGGGAAAAGAAAAAGGAUCAUAGACUUGACGAGUUCGACUUGAAGAACUUGCCAUUAAAGAAACAAAAGGAAUUGAAGAGAAAGGCACAAGCUAACAAGACCCAAUUCAGUUGGAACUCCUUAUAUAUGAACUCUGAUGCUGUAUUGGCAUCUGUUGCCGCCAAGAUGGGUGUUUCCAAGUCUCAAUUGAUUGACGUACAAAGCUCUGAUUCUGCAGUUAAACAAGCAUUGGCCGAAGCCCAUGUUAUUGGUGAUGUCAGAAAGUACUUCGAGAGCAAAGGUGUUGAUUUAACUGUCUUUGACAAGAAGGAAAGAGAUGACAAAGUUAUUUUGGUUAAGAAUUUCCCAUAUGGAACUACUAUAGAAGAACUUGGAGAAUUAUUUUCCGAACAUGGUCAGAUCAAAAGAAUGUUGAUGCCACCGGCUGGAACCAUUGCAAUUGUUGAAUUCAGAGAUGCACCAGGAGCAAGAGCAGCAUUCACUAAAUUAGCAUACAAAAGAUUUAAGAAGAGUAUCAUCUACUUAGAAAAGGGUCCAAAGGAUUUAUUCACCAAGGAACCAUCUUUGGAAGAUGUUGUCUCUACUGAAGAGAAAACCGAAUCUGCUGUUGAAGCCAAGGUUACCGCACAUGAUGUUUUGGGUGGUAGUACUGAAACUUCAACUGCUCAAGAAACCAACGAUGACGUUGUGGAUGGCCCAACUGUUUCUAUCUUUGUUAAGAACUUGAAUUUCACCACUACAACUGAACAAGUUACCGAACUCUUCCUGCCAUUAACUGGAUUUGUUGUGGCUAAUGUUAAAACUAAGGCUGAUCCUAAGAAACAAGGAGCUUACCUUAGUAUGGGUUUUGGUUUCGUAGAAUUCAGAACCAAGGAACAAGCAAACACAGCCAUUUCCACCCUUGAUGGUCAUAUUCUUGAUGGUCAUAAACUUCAAUUAAAGUUAUCUCACAGACAAUCAGGAACCACUUCAACAAACAAAAAGACCGCCACUGGAAGCAAAUCCAGCAAGAUUAUUAUCAAGAAUUUGCCAUUCGAAGCCACCAGAAAGGACAUUUUGGAAUUAUUCGGUGCUUUUGGUCACUUGAAGUCUGUUAGAGUACCAAAGAAGUUUGACAAAUCCGUCAGAGGUUUUGCCUUUGUUGAAUUUACAAUGUUGAAGGAAGCUGAAAAUGCCAUGAACCAAUUGGAAGGUGUACAUUUGUUAGGUAGAAGAUUAGUGAUGCAAUACGCUGAACUAGAUGCCGAAGAUGCCGAAGAACAAAUUGAUAAGAUGACCAAAAAGGUUAAGAAACAAGUUGCUACUCAACAACUCGGUGCUGCAAGAUUGGCUGGUAAGGGUAAGAAUACCUUGUUAGAGGAAGAAAGUGAGUUUGAUACUUUAGGUUAG